AUGCCGAAUCAAUCGCGGACAGUAGCCUACGGGCGAGUCCAUAAUCUGCAGAUUGCCUCAGUCACACCUUUGGCUCCAGAAAAAGAUGGCUACUGGGUGAUCUUCAUUCACGGCGGUGCCUGGCGAGAUCCAACCGUCACAAACACCUCCUUCGACGCAACCGAGUCCAUCCUGCGCGAUACCCCAGGCCUACCCAUUUCCGGAUUCGCAUCAAUCUCAUACCGUCUCAGCGCACACCCAAAUCACCCACAAGACCCAGUCGACACUUCCCCCAAGGAUUUCCGCGAUGCAAAGCACCCCGAUCAUAUUCGAGAUGUUGAGGCUGCGCUUGCAUUUCUUCAAAAUACAUACUCGUUCGGUGGUCGUUAUAUCCUGGUAGGCCACAGUUGCGGCGCAACACUUGCCUUCCAGGCUGUGAUGGGAGCGGUCUCGAAUCAUCGCGAGCAGGCAUUCAGCGGGGCAACUGAGAAUCCAGAGAUUAGCGUCGGAGUUGUCUCGGCUUCCCCUGGUCCUCUGCCGCCGCCAUUGACGGCACAGCCUACGGCCAUUGUCGGCGUGGCAGGAAUAUAUGAUCUGAGACGGCUGCGGGACUCGCACCCCGAUAUCUCGGCUUAUAGGGAGUUUAUAGAAGGUGCGUUUGAGGCCGAUGAACUUCUCUGGGAUGGUGUGUCGCCGGCGCAGAUGGCUGGAUCGCGUGGGGUAGAAGGUGGUUGGAAAUCUGGGAGGUUAGCUGUGCUGGCGCAUUCGAAAGAGGAUGAGUUGGUGGACGAAUCCCAGCUCGAGGCCAUGGAGGAGACACUUAGACAGUGGGAGAAGGUCGAGGCUCAAAUCCCCGUACAGGAACUGUCGCACCGGGAUCGAAGAGUUCGUGUUUUGCCCAUCAGUGGCGCCCACGAUCAAGCGUGGGAAAAGGGGGAUCAGCUGGCAUAUGCAAUCAUCUAUGCUCUCGAGCAAUUGCGGGAAAUGGGGCUGGCUCCCCAGUGA